GUCUAAAUUGAAAAAUACACAUUAUCUCGGGUCUAUAAGCAAAUAAUAAUUCUGAUUUUUUUAAAAAAGAAAAAUAAAAAAGACUUCUUCGUCUGUUUCAACGCUUUGCAAAUUUCGCAAAUUUACCAUCUCGAUAGAGUCAGAUAGAGCGAUCGAGACGAAAAGGAAGAAGCUGAAGAAAGAUGGGUCACGGAGAAGAAGAUAAAAGCAGAGGAUUCGCGGAGGAAGCAGGUAACCAGCAUCAUCACCAAUACGGUACCUUUCAAGGAGUUUCCAAUUACCCGCCGCCGCAGAAUUCUCCUCCGGUCACUGGAUUUCCUCAACCUUCAGCGCCGCCUGGAGUUUACGAUUCCCCCGCUCCUCAUUACGCCCAUGGAUAUCAAACCGUUCCAGGAUCGUGUUUUCUUUCGCAAGGGAAACCAAUUUACAGCUUGUUCUGUGUUUUAGAAACGGUCCAUGGUAUUGCUGAAGGAAGACCUGUGACUGUAAGACAACGCCGCCUUCCUUGCUGUGGAAUUGGUCUUGGAUGGUUCCUGUUCAUAGUUGGAUUUUUCUUUGGAGCAAUCCCUUGGUAUCUCGGAAUGUUCAUCAUGAUAGUUGGAAGGAGAGUUGACCACAGGGAGAAACCAGGAUAUAUUGCUUGCACCAUCGCUGCUAUUCUUGUAACGAUCGCUGUGAUUCUGGGUGUAUCUAAAGGAGCAGAAGAGUGGUGAUUACCUUGUGGUUAAUCUCAAAACGUUUGUAUAGGUGUCGAUAAACAUCCCGUGUUGUAUUACUAUCUUUGUGUUUUCUACUCAAAAAAGGUGUAAACUUGACAAAAAGAUGUUUUUGAGUUUCGUUAUUUGCAACGGAGUUCAAAAGAUAUGAGAUCUAAUAAAGAGACAAAAUGUGAUAAUGAUAUGGUUGAAGACAGUUUAUACAUCGGAAGAUAAAGAAGCUUAUCAAAUGAAAAUGUAAUCUCAUCGUUUUCCAGAAACAGUCGCAUUGUUAUGCAUCCUCAAUAAGUCAUCAGGAGUGACAAGAAACCAGCCUCCAUCUUUCUGAGCCAACAGCUUCUGGUUCACCGAGUCUAUAAUCACACUCACAUUCCCAAACCCAUAAAUCUGAAGACCAUUGUGCAUCCUAUUCGGUUUAGGUUUGAACAGCAACUCCUUCUCUUGUGCAAAUACUUCCAACACUUCUUUCAAACUCAGCACCUCAGUGUUAUCCAUGUGAGCCUUAGCCGGAGCCUGAGCCGGCUCGAAGUGUCUCUGCUCUUGUGCCCUUGCCCUUGGCUGAGACACUUCGACUCCGUCAACAGCUUCCAUCAACAUAUCUAAACCACGCUUCAACUGGACUCGGAUCCUCUCGUUUGCUGAAAGCUCUUGCGGGAAUAACCCUUUCCAACCAUAAUACCAUUCGUGGAUCUCGUCAAACCUCGGUUUAGCGCGCAGCCAAUGGUACAGCACAUCCAGCCAUUUGGGGAAGAAGAGCCUCUCCAUCAAAUCAGCCAUUAGGUGUAUCGGUACUGCAGAUGCCCACUUCAUGACCCAGUUGAACCGGUCUAAAUUCUGGUUUGCCGGGUUUAUCUGAAACUCUUGCAAAGCCAGCUGAAGUUUGGGAACUAUGUAUCGACGCAUAAGUUGGUCCCAGCUUGUCGCACCAAACACCGUCUUCCAUGGAGACAGAAUAGUGUACGCAGAUGGAUCACUAGGAUGCCAAGCAUCAAGAACAUUACUCAACUUCGUCUGAAUAAUCUGAUACAUAAACUCCAACUUCUGACCAAGUAUUGGCAACCAAGGAUGCACCCAGACGUGAAUGGCAACAAGUUCCCUUCGCGGGUCCCAAUAUUCAACAGCACUUGAAAGUUUCGGCAGCACUACAGUGUCCAAAAUCGUAUGCAAGACCGACGAAGGCAGCCAAUUUUCCCAUGUCUCUAAAAAUCUAAGCAUCGGCUCAGGGUCUCUAGGUUCCCAGGUAUUGAUGCCUGCUAUACGCACAGCAGGUAACACUACCUCCGAGACUAGUUGGCUAUAAGGUGUUGAGGUUUCCCAGAUAUUCUGAUUAUCCUCGACUUCCAAAAGCUUUUUCCAAGAAGAUAUAGUCUUCAAACCAUGGACUGCGUCCCUAAGAGGAUCCCAACCCUGAAACAUCCUGAUAAAGAGAGGCAAGGCCAGUGAGCAAGCGAUGAAAGACAAGUUACAAAGCUUAUAAUCAUCAGGAUAGCUUGUUUGCAGGUCCUCGAAACGAUUAGCAAGUGAAUCCAGUGUCAAACUCCCAGACGUAUUCUCCACCUCGAUUCGACUUAUUUCAUCUGCGAUAUAUUCCAUGUUGUCUAAGUGUGUUUUUUGUCUCUCUUCCUCCUUUAUAAGCAUCUCCUUCUCCUGCUGCAAGCUCAAGGCCGAUUCUCUCUCGUUCCUCAAGUCUCUAUCAAUCUUCUGAAUAUCAUGUUCGACUAGAUCAACAAUCAGUCGCAAGUUGUGUUGCAACUCCGGCAUUGGAACAUCUGCUCCUCUUGCUUUCUCCUCUGCAUCUAAAUUUUCCAAAUUUGUCACAACCCGAACCUGUGGUCCUCGCAUAUCAAUAAUGGUCUGCCCACCACCAAAACCCUCCUCCUGCUUCUUCUCCAACAACUCCUCUGCAGUGACAUAAACUUCCUUCCUCACCUUCUUCUUCUUCCAAAGAUUUCUCCCUCCUCUGUCACCAUGACUCUGACCUUUCUCACUGUCACUGACCGCAAUACUCUUCUUCUCCUCUACCUUCUUUAAAUCAGGCAACUUUGCCUCCUUGAAAUCAUUGUACCCCAUACCCAUAUUCUUCGGCCUCAACUGUGCUUCAAUAGGAGCUACAAUACCUUGCUGGUUCUUCCCAAGCCCACCUCCUUUGUACCCCAUCUUUUCAAGCAGCUUCAUACCAAUUCCUUUUGUAGACUUCUCAAACUGACCGAUAUCACCGCCUAAAGUAUUCUUCCUCACUCCCUUUGCACCACCCUCUUGACCUCUCUUCUCCAUCUUGGCCUUGCCUCUCAUCUUUGCCCCCUCAGCAAUCUUCUUCCCCAAAGCACCCGGUAAGAGAUUAUCCUCCUCGUUAAACACAGCCGCAUUAAACCCUAACCCUAAACCUGCGCUUCCAAGACCCAAUCCACCUCUAACUUCACUAUCCUCAUGAAUCAUGUUAUCGUCUUCGAUUUUAUCACUAUCUCUCUCAUCAUUAUGCUCUCUAGAAUCCCUAUCAAUCUCUUGAUUCGGCAUAACCGUACCUGUAGAAACAAAGUUGACAGGCUUGGUUAAGUCGGCUUUUCUUCCCGAAUCCCGAUCCUUACGCCUCUUCCUCCGACCUCCGCCGCUAGAGCCAUCGGAAUCCGAAUCGCUCUCAAUGAAGACUCCAUAAGUAGCGUCGUUUUUCGUUUGUUUCCGCUUCUCCUUCCUCUUUUCGUAUAAGAACUCGCCAUUCUCCCAUCGACCUCCUUCGUAAUCGUUUUCCAUGCUGAAUCUCUCCAUCUCUUGAUACUCGUCCAUGGCGAAUACUAGGACCGAAACUCUGCGAACUUUCUAACCUAUCCGAGAUUGAACAAAAACGAGCAAUUUAAGAUUUUCGGAUUUCGACUGUAAAUCGCCGACGUCGAACCUUA